AUGACGUCAGUGGUUCCAGCCCAACUCUCGCUACACGUGUUUCUACGUGCCCUCCUGCUCCUGCUAAUGUUGACCUGGUGCCAGGGAGCCGUCAGGAACUACUACAUCGCUUCUAGAGACGUCUUAUGGAACUACUGCCCAGGGGGAGUUAACCUGGUGGAUCCCAACGAUCAAGUGACAGCCGACAAAUAUGUUUUACCAGGCACUAGCCGUGUUGGCAGAAAGCGUCUGAAGACUCUAUUCUUCCAGUACACUGACCAGACGUACACCACAGAGAUGGUCAAGCCGGCAUACCAGGGUCUUCUUGGACCAAUCAUACGCGGGGAAGUCGGUGACGUCAUCGUCGUCCAUUUUUUCAACAACGCCUCCAGGGAAUAUUCAAUUCAUCCACAUGGCGUUUUCUAUGAGAAAAAAAGCGAAGGUGCGCUAUAUUUAGACGGGACUUCGGGAACUUCCAAAAAAGACGACAGCGUCAUGCCAGGGCGCCGGGUCACCGUGACGUGGAACGUGACCGUGAGUGAUGCCCCGGCAGAGGGUGACCCGGCGUGCCUCCCGUGGGUGUACCACUCCCACAUCAACACCAGGAGGGACGUGUCCACGGGGAUGAUAGGCGUGGUCGUCACGUGCAGACCAGGUACACUUAACUCCAAGAACGAGCGUGUUGACGUGGAUGUCGAGGUGCCGUUGUUCGUCAUGAACUGGGACGAGAACAUCAGCUGGCACCACAGGGACAACAUCAACACCUUCUGUCUGUCACCGUCCAGAUGUCGCCAUCUAGAUGAAAACGAAGACCCUGACUUUGUGGACAGCAAUUUGAUGAGGUCCGUUAACGGAAGGUCAUUUGGUACGCUGGAGGGUUUGCAGGUGUGUGUUGGAGAUCGUGUCCAGUUUUACGUCAUCGGUUUCGGGAACGAGAUGGACGUCCACUCGAUGCACUUCCAUGGUCAGAAUCUCAAGUACCAGCACCGGAGGGGGGACACAGUGUCUGUGUACACUGCCACUUUUGUUGCCGUGGAAACCAUUCCAACAAACCCUGGACGAUGGCUGAUUGCUGACUUUGUCGAUGACCACCAAAAAGAAGGCAUGGCAGCUUUCUAUAACGUGAAGACCUGCCCAAACAAAGGCAACAGUAAAUAUUCAACAAGUCCAAGCUAUUCUGGGAAGACGAGAGAGUUUUUUCUAACGGCCGAGCAGACGAUUUGGAAGUACGGACCCACGGGGUUGGAUGGCAGGACGGGGUUGCCAUUGACAACAGCGGACAGCCCAUCGAAACUUUACUUCACACGUAACAAAUCACGACUGGGCGGUGUGUACAAGAAGGCCAAGUUCAUCCAGUACACAAACUCGCUAUUCAGUACAAAGGUCAGCAGCUCUCCCAAGGACGCUCACCUUGGCAUUCUGGGACCGGUCCUACGCGUGGAGGUCGGGGACAGGGUUGUGGUGACCUUGAAGAAUCUCCUCCCCUACCCCGUGUCCUUUCUACCCCACGGUCUCAGCUACGACAUAGCAGAGGAGGACAAGGCUGGGUAUGGCGUGCCAGGUGGUUCCGUCGGCCUAAACCAGGUCCACACCUACAGGUUUGACGUGCCCACCAACCUACUAGAGGGGUCAUCUGAACCUUGUCUCAGUUUCCUGUACACGUCAAUGCACGAUCCUGUCCGUGACCACAACACUGGUCUGGUUGGUGCAAUCCUCGUUUGUCAGAAGGGAUAUCUGGCGUAUAGGGGAUCCAAGCCAAGCGAAUAUUUUUUACUGCUAGCAACAUUUGAUGAGAACAAGUCCCUGUACAUGUCCCGCACCGUGAGCGUAGGGAAUGAUCUAGAAGGAUUUGUUCAGUCCAACGUUCGAUGGACUGUCAACGGCUACUCCUACGGCAACAUGCCAACCAUCAACACGUGCAUCAACGACAGCAUCAUCUGGCACGUCAUGUCCCUGGGGUCGUUCCUGGACGUCCACACCCUGGUCUUUGACGGCAACACCUUCAACGAGGAGGGCACCAACCGUGACGCAAGAAGUCUUGUGCCUGGGUCCACGGCUGCUCUGUCUAUGACUCCAGAUAAUGCUGGAAAAUGGAUGCUGUAUUCCCAGUCAACGACCGCACAAGAAAACGGCAUGUACGCUUUUUAUACGGUCACAGACUGCUAUGGGAAAACUAGCAACAUUCAGGCCGAGGGUGGGAGAAUCAGAGACUACUACAUUACAGCUGAAGAGAUUCUGUGGGACUACGCUCCCCUGACCAGAAGUCCGAUAACUGGGGAUGACUUGCUAGACCCUGAUGUAGAAGAAAGUAUUUUCAUCCGACACGACGACAUGUAUAUCGGGCAUGUGUACAAGAAAGCGGUGUACAAAGAGUACACAGACGGCACGUACACAAGCGUUAAACCUGGCAAUGGUGACCUGCUGGGUCCUGUCAUCAUGGCGGAGGUUGGUGACGUCGUGAGGGUCACGUUCAGAAACAUGGCGACCAGAAGAUACUCUAUUCACAGUCAUGGCGUUCUUACUGGGCUUCGUGCCAGCGGCGUCAACUACGGCUCCUCUGUCGGUGCGGCUCCCGGGGAGACGGUCAAGUAUCUCUGGCAGAUCCCAGCACGCUCCGGCCCCGGCCCCAACGACCCCAACUGUAUCCCAUGGAUGUACUACUCGGCCGUCGACACGGUCAAGGACGUGAACUCUGGCCUUGUUGGCACUGUCAUCAUCUGCAGGCGUGGCACCUUGUCCUUGACCUCCAAGAGGACUGACAUUGACCAGGAAAUGUUUGUCUACAUGUCCGUGUCUAACGAGAACCUGAGCUGGUACCUGGAGGACAACAUCCGGUUGUUUGCACCUGGUCGUGUGGGCACUGAUUACAGAAACGACCCCGAGUUUGAAGAGAGCAACAAGAUGCACGCCAUCAACGGACGUGUCUACGGCAACAACCCCAACUUUGUGCUGGAGUACGGUACGAGGGUCGCCAUGUACAUGAUGUCCCUUGGUGCGGAGCUUGACCUACACACCAUGCACCUGCACGGACACACCUUCGUCCACACCAGUGAGAAACACCGAGAUGACGUCAUCCAGAUCUUCCCCGGCAUGGCCGAGUCGGUAGAGCUGAUCGCAGAUAAUCCGGGCACCUGGCUCAUCCACUGUCACGUGAUGGACCACAUCUUCGCCGGCAUGGAGACCACCUACACCGUCCUUAAACCUGGUGAAAAGAGAACACGGUCUAGUCAAAAGGCUUAAACCUAACCUGUCAACACGUACACAGGUGUAAGGACAUAUAGACAGACUCUAGAACCACUUGUUUAAUGAUCCUAUAAAUAACGUGACAUUAAGAGCUCACACACAAAAACGAUGAAACAAAAGUGUUACUCCCGAUAUCUUCA